AUGAAAAUGCAGCAGAAGGACGUGAAAGAUGCUUAUUGGAAUGUUUGGAAAAAGAGCUUAUUCCGUGGGAGGAAAGGAUAUGAAGAGGACGAGGAAAACCAGCUGAGUGGAGAAAACCAGCUGAGUGGAGAAAACCAGCUGAGUGGAGAAAACCAGCUGAGUGGAGAAAACCAGCUGAGUGGAGAAAACCAGCUGAGUGGAGAAAACCAGCUGAGUGGAGAAAACCAGCUGAGUGGAGAAAAUCAGCAAAGUGGAGAAAAUCAGCAAAGUGGAGAAAACCGAAUUAACAUCGAGAAGUUGGUUGAGGAAAACGUGAAACAACUAAAUGUUGAUCAAAAUGAAAAAGAAAGGAUUAAAAAAAAAUGGAAUUAUAUUUUAAAAAGAAAUACACAAAAAUAUGGAAAAUCAUCUGAAGGAAAUAAAAUAAAAAUAUACAAUGAUGGAAAUGUAGCAUUUAGACAUAUUCUCAAAUCAAUAGAUAAGAGCAAAAAAAGGGUAUGGUUUGAAUCCUACAUUUUUGAUGACUCCGAAUUAGCUGAAAAAGUGGUUGAUAGUUUAUGUAAUGCAGGGAAAAGAGGGUGUGAUGUUAUUUUGUUAAUUGACUAUAUUGGUAGUUUAAAAAUGAAAAAUAAAUGGGUGACCAGGCUCCGAGAGAAUCAUGUGCAUGUUCUUUUUUUUAACACAUUUUUGAAUUCUUUUCUGAACAUGCUGCCCUUUUUCUUUCGAGAUCAUAGAAAAAUUAUCAUACUAGAUAAUACCGCUUACUGUGGUUCUAUGAAUGUUUCUGAGAAUGUUGUUCCAAGUGGGACAAGCUGGAGUAUCCACGAGAGAGAGGAAAAACUGGGAGGGGCUGAUUCAGAUACUAGAUUGCUAGAUGCAGAAUUGGGAGAGGAAAGACUGGGAGAAGUAGGGCCAGAUGGCGAGCGCACAAAUGAUUGGGAGGAGGGGAUUGUUCCCUUUACGCGUGGGAAAACCAGAGGGAAGCAAAAAAAAUUGGAAACGACAGAAAAAAAGAGCAGAAGUAGCCCGUUGCAGUACUAUGAUUUACACAUAAAGAUGAAAGGACCAGCUGUAAAAGAUCUCGCAGAUGUAUUUAUUGAUUCUCUCAAGAUGACGAGAAGCUCAAUAAAGAGAGAACCAAUUGAAAAUCAGAAAAAAUAUAUGGAUAAUAGUGGUAAUUCAUGUUUUGUACAAGUGCUUGAGUCGAAUGUUCUUCGAAAAGUUAAAUCCAUUCAGUCUACUUUUGAAUGGAUUAUUAAAAACGGAGCUACACAGAAUAUUCAUAUAACGACUAGCUAUUUUAUGCCACCCGGGUUCUUAAGAAGAGCUUUGUUUUCAGCCCUGAACAAUGGAGUAAAUAUUACAUUUCUUUUUUCUGGAAACUCAGAUAUUAUGGGAGAUGUACCAGCAACAUAUUACAUCGUGAAAAAAUUUUUAAGGAAAUUUCAAAAAGAGAAAGUUAAAUUGGAAAGGGAUGAGAAUACCAUGCAUGUUACUAAUGAUUGUGGCUCUAGGAAUGACAUUAAUCUUGAUUCAUUGGUUUCUCCCAGAGAAUCUAGAGUAAUUCCAAUAAGGAUACAAAUAAAGAACAAUAUAUAUCUGCAAAAUUUGAGAAAACGUGCAGAAUUGAAACUAGGAGAUAAUUUUCGAAAAAAACAGAAAAAAGGGAAUAGUAAAUUUUAUUUUUUUCAGAAUAAGCAUUGUCAUGCAAAAAAUUUAGUUGUAGAUAAUUUAUGGUGCGCUGUUGGUUCUUAUAAUUGGGAUCGAUUUUCUUCCAGGAGAAAUUUAGAAGUUAUGAUUUCCAUUUUUAAUAAAAGAAUAUGUGAUGAAUUUAUUCAAGAACAUAAAAACAAAAUUAAAAAUAAUUCAAAACAGGUUACUCUUUCAAAUCUUGUUAACAGAAAUUUAUUUCAGGCAUUUCUAAGUUAUUCUGCUUAUCACUUGGGAAGGUUAUCAGGGAAAAACAUUUUUGAUGGAUUGUCAAAUGAUAGUAAGAAGACUGUUCUUAGGAAGGCCAUUAUAAAUAAGUAUUUGUCAGAAAACUGUGUUCAAAAUAUAUCACUUAACAUGAUGUGGGGUGUCUAG